UUCUAUACUUGACCUAAUCAGCUGUAAAUCGAAAUUGUUUCUCAUCCCUCUUCUGCGCAUAACUCAGCCACUGAACUCGGUGUCGAUUCACCGAGUCUGUCCGUGUUGGAAACGACUCCACACCAAUGGGAGAACCAGGACAUGAAGAACAACAAGAGCAGAAAGAGUUCGCUGACGGCGGAAAGAGAAAGCUCGACGCUUUCGAACUUGCCAAACAAAGAGCUCAAGAAAUCGCCUCUCGAAUCGCUAGUGACGCUGACUCGAAACGCCCUCGUCUAGUCUCCGAAAACUCGUCCGAGCCUUCACGUUUCUCAAGUUCGGUGUCUGCCUCUCCCUCUUUCCCUGUUCCCUUUGUUGCCCAACCAAGUCUGUAUUCACAAGGCGCAAGUAAGAAAAUUGCAAUUCCUAAUGGCAAGGUUGGUGUCGUUAUAGGGAAAGGAGGAGAAACAAUAAAAAAUAUUCAACUUCAGUCAGGGGCUAAAAUUCAGAUUACCAAGGAUCAAGAUGCUGAUCCCCAUUCUCUAACAAGGGAUGUGGAGUUGAUGGGUACUUCUGAACAAAUUAGCAGGGCCGAAGAACUGAUCAGUGAUGUGAUUGCAGAGACGGAUGCAGGGGGCUCUGCUUCAUCUGCAGUUCAUGGAUUAAAUACAAAGCAAUCUGGAGCUGAACAGUUUGCAAUGAGAGUUCCUAAUGACAAGGUUGGAUUGCUCAUUGGCAAGGGCGGUGAAACCAUAAAGUAUAUGCAAAGCAGAUCGGGUGCUCGUAUGCAGAUUAUUCCCCUCCACCUUCCUCCUGGUGACGCAUCAGCAGAGAGAACAGUAUAUAUAAAUGGUUCAACAGAACAGAUUGAAGCAGCCAAAGAAUUGGUUAAUGAAGUUAUCAGCGGGAAACGGAUCAUAAAUCCAUCUGGAUCUAAUAGCUAUUCACAGCCAGUUUAUCCUGCUGCUGGUAACUGGGUCGAGCCAGGACAACCUACUAUGCAACAACAGCCCCAAUAUGGAUACGCUCAACCAGGAAAUCAACCUACACCCUCUUCUUACUAUGGCAACUACACCCAGCAACCAGUUUGGGAUCAGUCAAACCCAUCAACCAUGUCCCAAACCCCUCAGCAAAUGACUGGAUAUGGUUACUAUGGACAACAAUCUCAAAUGGGAACAGCUCCUCCUAGCUAUAGCUACAAUCAGACACCUGUUGCCAGCAACACUUAUGAUCAUAGCUACGGUCAGCAGACACCAAAUUAUGGACAAAACAUUCCUAGUCAGACCCCAUCACAAGAAAUGCAGAAACCAUAUGCAACUUCAAGUUAUGGGUCAGCUACUGUAUCAUCUCAAUCAGAUGGGGCAAUUUCAUCCCAAUCAAGUCAAGUAGCACCUGCAUAUCCACCUACUGCUUAUAGUCAACCAGUGAUGAAUCCUCCAACAUACUGGCCACCUCAAACAGGAUAUGAUCAAACAGGGUACUCCCAGACUGCUUAUGGAGGGUUGCAACCAGGCCAAGUUCCUCCUCCAUCUACUCAGCCAGUUUAUGGACAAGGUGGAUAUCCUCUUCAGCCAUCUCCUUCACCUGUAAAUUAUGCUCAGGGGACACAUCCUCACUCUUAUGGACAGCCACCGCUGGAGACACAAUCCCAGUCACAGCCAGCAAACAAUGGUCAUUCACAGCCGUUGGCUUAUGGAGCUGAAACUAAUGAUGGGAAUUCAAACCCUGCAGUGCAGGAAGCUGUUCCUUCUCAAAGCUGAGUUUCGAGCUUUUUAAUGGUGGCUUUUGCAUCCCUUCUGAUAUCUUUUCCAAUUCCAUUGUGUAUUGCUUUGCAUGAGAGUUCCUUUUACUCUUGUAUACUAAACUGUGUCAUGAGGGGUUUACAUUUCUAGGCUUAUAAUGUGGGAAAUUUUGCCUUGUAUCUUUAUUUUUGACAGUUUAACUGCAUUUGAACUAGAAAACAAGUAUAAUUUGCUGUAUCGAUUUAAAAGAUUGAGCUUCAGUUAAUUUUAACCGAGUUGGCCCA